UAAAGGAAAAGCAGAAGCGCUUCAGCUGACUGUUGUGUAACAAAACUUACUUUGAAUAUUAUAAAUAACGUCAUUUUCCGUUUUAGUCAGCUAUAGUGAACACAUUUCACUCGGCGAAUCACCGGACGUAUGUUUGCAUCUGAAAGCUAGGUUAGCUUCUACCGCUAGCAAACAUUAGCUUGUGUUUUUGCUUCAGGCUUCACUGUAACGUUGUUUUGGUUAAUGUUGGCUGAAUAAAAAACUUUUAAUAUCUCAAGCAAUGGACCGACCAUCAAGGAAGACAAAGGUUGUGAGUUACUGUGAGGCAAAGGACUUUGAUGAUGAUGAGGAUUUUGCCUGUGCGAAGGCUCCACCUAGCAAAAAGGCCAGAGAGAGUGUGAAACAGGAGCACAAGAAACCAUCGAGCAAGUCCUCCAGUCAGGAGUCCAACUCACAAUCCUCGCAAAGCCAGAAGAGCAGAAAACCAUUAGACAUGAAGUUAUACGAAAGAGAUCUAGAAGCAGCCAUCACACUGUCCUUGCUCAACAGCGCAGAUGGGAUAAACAACCAGCCUCCCACCAGUAAAGGAGAUGUCAAGGUUCACGUUCCUGUAGAUGAAAACACAGAUCCAGCUUUGAUGCACCUGUCCAACUGCAGCGUGGAUAUGACAGUUUUGGGCCUGGAUGAAAUCACACCAGAGUCACCCGCUCACUCCAGACAGAGAAAGGCUGCCACUAAAGCCACUGAGGAGCUGAAGAAAAAGCCUACGGAUGAAGAUGACAACUACGAGCCCAAACUGACACCAGAUUCAGAAAGUGAGGAAGAUUUCAGUGAACUGGAUGAGAGCGAAGAUGAGGAAUUCUCAGUGAAGAAAGCCAGCAAAACCAAAAAUAAAGAGAAAGUAACUAAGAACGAGAAGACCAAACCGCCUCCUGCCUCUAAAAAAGAAAAGCAACCAGCAAAACCGUCAAAGUCGAAAUCACAACUGUACCCGAACUCGCUUCUGUUCAGGCAGUGGGGAGAUGAGCUGUCGGAGGAGGAGCAGAAGGAGGCCGAGAGGCUGUUUCAGAGAUACGGCUACAACACCUUCCUCAGUGACAGGCUGCCCCUCAACAGGGAGAUCCCUGACACCAGGCCUGCCAGAUGCGCUGAGAAAAAGUACCCCGUGGAUUUACCCUCCAUCAGCGUCAUAUUAAUAUACCUGGAUGAAGCUCUUUCUGUUAUCAAAAGGGCCAUCCGCAGCAUCAUAGACAAGACGCCAGCUCGGCUGCUGAAAGAAAUCAUACUGGUAGAUGACCACAGCAGUAACCAAGAUUUAAUGGAGAAACUUGAUGAAUACAUCAGCUCUAUCCAUGAGGAGCGUGCAGACCUGGUGAAGAGAGUCCGGCACUCUGAGCAACUCGGCCUCACCCAGGCCAGACUGUCGGGAUGGAAAGCUGCUGUGGGGGACGUGGUGGCCAUCUUGGACGCUCACAUAGAGGUUCACGUCCAGUGGGCAGAGCCGCUGUUGGCUCGGAUUAAAGAGGAUCGCACCGUGAUAUUGACGCCAGUGUUUGACAAAGUUUGUUAUGAUGAUUUGUCACUGGAGCCCUACAUACCUGCUGCGGACGCCUUUGACUGGGCUCUGUGGUGUAUGUACGAGUCCUUCAGACCAGAAUGGUAUGAGUUAAAGGACGACUCACAACCUGGAAAGAGCCCCUCCAUCAUGGGGAUUCUUGUAGCUGAUCGAAAGUUCUUCGGGGAGAUCGGAAGCCUUGAUGGAGGAAUGAAAUUAUAUGGUGGUGAAAAUGUGGAGCUCGGCAUCCGGGUGUGGCUGUGUGGAGGAAGCAUAGAAGUUAUACCUUGCUCUAAAAUUGCCCACAUUGAACGGGCCAUCAAGCCUUACCUCCCAAACUUGAGUGAAAUGGUGAAACGUAACGCACUGCGGGUGGCGGAGGUGUGGCUGGAUGAAUAUAAAUACAACGUCAACAUUGCCUGGAAUGUUCCCCUGGAGAAUCAUGGGAUAGACAUUGGGGAUGUGUCAGAGAGGAAGAAGCUGAGAGAGAGGCUGAAUUGCAAACCCUUUAAGUGGUAUCUGGAUAAUGUUUACCCCAUGUUGGACCCUCUGACAGACCUGCUAGGUUAUGGAGCGGUGAGUAGAUACGAUCCAGACCUCUGCAUCGACCAAGGCCCGAUGCCUGGGAACUCGCCCAUCAUAUAUGGAUGCCACUUCUACUCCCCUCAGCACUGUUAUUAUCGCACCAACGGAGAGCUCUACAUCGGCGGAAUUAAAUCUCACAAGUACAACAGUAACCGCUGUCUGGUGGACCCCGGCACUGGAGUCAACCCCGGACUGUACGAGUGCAAAACGGCCAAGCAGAAGAAAUUCAAGAUGCUGUGGGAUUUUAAACAGAACGGACAGAUCCAGAACAGAGAAUCAAAGAGAUGCCUGGAAAUAGCGAUGGCUGAAAAUGGCCAAUAUAAACUUAUUAUUCAGCAGUGUACCAGUCAGAGCUGGAAGAUUCAACAUCUCAUCAAAGACCAAGGACAGACUGGUGGGCAGGACCCGAAAAAACAACAUAAUGUAUGAGCCAUUGUUGCACAAAAGCUACAUCUCAGAGAAAGAUCAAGAAAACUGUGUCUUUGGAGUUUACAUUUUGCACCUAUCAGCCUGAAUCCACAAGAGUCGGACUAUGCACGAGCAAAGUUUUGAACAUUUCUAAUUUAAUUC